CAGCUGACUCCCUGCAUCAAACACUCCUGGCCAGCCCUUUGCUGAGGUCAGCACUCUUAAGCUUGACACAGUUCUGUCUGAUAAAAUAUGAUCUGCUACAGUGCUAUAGAAGUAGCGGUCAGGCUGUUCUGGUUUGUUCUCCUUUUGUGAAAUUAUGCCAUAAAGUGUAUCUAUCUUGAAGUUAAAAGACUUUUGAUAAGUUUUCUAAGAAAAUAGUCCUCAUCAUUAGCAAUUAGAUUAAAAAAAAAAAAAAAUGUGUAGCAUUAGCAGAUCCUGUUUACUUCAAACUUCCCAGAUUCAGCAAUUUGAAUUUGUCAGAAACUCUAAAAAUAUGUGGACAGGAAAAACCAUGGUGAAGUAAAGGAUGAGAACCAACAGAAAAAAAGAUCAGUAGUUGUUCUUUUCUUAAGGGAAGUUCUGAGAAAUAUUUCUGAAGUUAAAACGUAAUUUUUAUGUGUUAUAAUAGCAUUUGUUAUGGAAUUGUUUUAAAGGAGAAACAAUGAAUCUCCUAUACAAAGAAGUUGCAAGAAAUCUUCCUCACUGAGGUUAUCCUGCAUCUGAAAAACUUGCAGUCUACAUGCAUGGUGGAUAGCAUAUGGAAUAUCCAAGGAUGCAUCAAAACUCAAGGCUGAAAGCUAAGAAUGACUUUAUAUAAAAGUACUGUAAUUGCCUUUACUGAGUUCCCCUUUCCCAGGGAGUUUGAGACAAGCUAUCCUACUUGUUGCUUUCUCUUUCCUAGAGAUCCUGAAAUGUCUUCCCACCAUUACUGUGUUUAUUCCUUUUUAGUCCUGUUUUAAGCUAUAAAUUUAACAGGAGGUUUCUAAGCAGAGGAAAAUAAACCUGGCAUGAUUCAGGGCUGGUGAUGGUGGAAGGAAUUUCAAGCAAGAUUUGAGACAGAUUUGAAAGACUAUUUCGUUGACAAGAUGACUUUCAAAGGGCAAACUGGAAAACGGAAAUGAAGAGAAAUACAACAAAGCUGCUGUGGCUCUUGAUGUUCUUGGAUAUUGUGCUAUUCAGCUACGAGAAAUCACUGCGAGAGAAAACUAUUGAGCUGAUGCAAGAUGCACGUUUGAUCGAUGGCCACAAUGACUUGGUACUGCGGCUGAGAAUAUUUUACCAAAACAGACUCAGUACAGUCAACCUAAGAGAACUCAACAAGACCCACACAAACCUUGCAAAACUUCAAGCUGGUUUUGUGGGAGCUCAGUUUUGGUCAGUGUAUGUUCUUUGCAGCGCUCAGAACAAGGAUGCUGUGCGUCUGACCUUAGAGCAAAUUGAUGUUGUCAAGAGGAUGUGUAAUAGCUACGAAGAGCUUGAACUUGUGACAACUUCCCAAGGUAUCUCUGACAGUAGAAGGAUUGCGUGUUUGAUUGGAAUAGAAGGUGGUCACUCCAUUGACAGCAGUCUGGCAACACUGAGGAUGUAUUAUGACCUUGGUGUCCGUUACAUGUCUUUAACACAUUCCUGCAAUACACCUUGGUCUGAAUCAUCAUCUAAAGGAAUGCACAACUUUUACCCCAAUGUUAACGGUCUGACUGCAUUUGGCCAAGAAGUGGUAAAGGAGAUGAAUCGUCUGGGUAUGCUGGUAGAUUUAUCUCAUACUUCAGAUAUGACAGCUAAAGCUGCACUGAGUAUCUCAAAAGCACCAGUAAUUUUUAGCCAUUCCUCAGCAUUUUCUGUUUGUAAUCACUCAAGAAAUGUUCCUGAUGAUAUCCUCCAGAAAGUGAAAAGGAACAAGGGAAUUAUCAUGGUGACUUUCAAUGCAGAUGUACUGGCCUGUGGCAGAAAAGCUGUUAAUGUUUCUAUCCUUGCAGAUCAUUUUGACCACAUAAAGAAAAUUGCAGGUUCAGAAUCGAUAGGAAUUGGUGGUGACUAUGAUGGAGUAGAACGUUUCCCUGAGGGAUUGGAAGACGUUUCUAAAUACCCUUCUUUGAUUGAGGAACUUCUUAGAAGAGGAUGGAAUGAAACUGAACUGAAAGGGGUCUUAAGGGAGAACUUCCUCCGUGUCUUCAGAGAAGUGGAAAAUGUGCGGAACCGUAGCAGGCUAAUGGAUGUAGGUGAAAGUGAAACUCCACAAGAAGUACAAAACUCCUGUCGCCUAGACCUACAUAAUCAUCAGCCUCAGGAAGUCAGGUCCUUUGGAUUUUCUUCUGUGGCACAACCUUUGAGUCUGACAUUUGUAGCUAUAUCACAUUUAAUACUGUAUUAUGAAUUGUGAGACUUAUGGACCCUUGAGAGAGGUAUAUGUAGUAAUUUGGAAUGCAACUAGUUAUCUUUUGGGGAUUUUGUUAAUGUAAAGCUAUGCUAAAUUUUUUACUAUCAUUUCUUUAAAUUUGCCUGCAUACUUGAAAGUUUUUAAAUGCUGUCGCAAAAGUAUUUGGAUUUUAAAGUGAUAACUUCUAUGUCAUCCUGGCUAAACCAGGACUAACAUUGUUAAUGGAAAGUAUUCACAUCUAAUGAAUAAAUACUCUAACACACGCUGGAUUCCAGAGUCAGUAGUUCCGCACAAGAACUAGAGAGCAUGAUUGACAGUGUGCUGAGAUGUUUUCAGAUAUUGCUUAUUAAAUCAUACACCUUUCAUCAUCAGUUAAA